AACUUUAGCUGAAUCCGUGGAUCAUCUGAACUGAACAAGAGAUGCAGGCAGCUGACUUUCAGUUGGAAUGAAGAACUUACAGGUCCAGAAUUUAAUAGAACGGUGUUUGCAGUUGUAUAUGAAUAGAGAUGAGGUGGUCAAAAUCCUCUUGACUUGGGCAAGAAUAGACCCUGGGUUUACAACAUUGGUGUGGCAGAAGUUGGAAGAGGAAAAUGCUGAUUUUUUCAGGGCCUAUUACAUAAGGCUGAAAUUGAAAAAGCAAAUCGUUUUGUUCAAUAAUUUGCUUGAGCAUCAAUAUCAUCUCAUGAAAUACCCUGUACCUUCUAAGGCUCCCUUGGCCCCAAUACAGAACGGGAUUCAUCCCAUGCCUGUUAACAAUUUGCCAAUGGGAUACCCUGUGCUACAACAGCCUUCGGUUCCUGCUCCUGGUCAACCACAUCUUGAUCCUAUGGGCGGUGGAAUAUCUAGCUGUCAUGUUGUCAAUGGAGUCCCUGCACCAGGCAAUAUCCAACCUAUGCAAAUGAAUUCUGGGAACGACUUGGCGAUGGACAACAAUGCAAGUGAUGUAGCCCAUUCUAUUCCCCCUAGCACUGCCAUGUCAUUUAUGUCAGAUAUGCCCGUCAGUCCCACCUCAGCAGCACCAGGCGGCCAUUUUCCAUUCACUACAUCAGACAUAUCAGGGAUGGGAGUGGAUACAUCUGCACUUGAUACAGCCUUUACAACUGACGUGACAAGUUCACAGUAGGAUCACAACUUGGACCUGAUGUUUCCAUUCCUACUUCUCUCACCUAGAAGACGCAGUAACUGCCAUCGGAGACUCUCCGGUAAACCUCUUCUGAAAAGGCCUUUACUUAACGAAAUUUCUGUCGAUUUCCUCAACGUUCAAAAUCUCUCCCAGAUUUUUCGUUCGAUUCCGGUGGACUCCUGUUCCCCUCAUCGCCGUUCCUCAACUCAACCGCAGAAAUCAAGGCCGCCCGUCGUA